GAAUCCCGAAAUGGCUAAUGCCUAUGAGGUGCCUAAAUAUUUCCAGGGUGAUCUUUUUGAAACUUUGUCCGAAAAACGACCACCGCACAGAUGGAUGAUUAUCGGACCUGCAAGGUCAGGGGCGUCGUGGCAUGUUGAUCCUUUUGGUACUUCAGCGUGGAACACACUUCUUACUGGAAGAAAACGUUGGGCUUUAUAUCCACCGCACGUUUUUCCACCGGGAAUGACAAUUUCGCGCACCGGAAUGAAUGGUCAUCAGUCACUUUUUAACGAAGGUGUACUGGAUGAUACCAAGGAUUCCACUACGUCGCUACUCUGGUAUCUUGAAGUUUACCCACAAUUAGAACCGGGUGCUCUUCCAUUGGAAAUUGUACAGGAAGCUGGGCAGACAAUCUUUUUGCCAAGCGGGUGGUGGCACAUGGUCCUCAAUAUCGAAGACACCAUUGCAAUUACUCAAAAUUUUGCCAAUAUUCACAACCUCGAACAUGUCUGUGAAACAUUGAUGAGCGAGAGGCAUAAGCAACAGGCAAGUUUACUCUUGUGGGAGCUAUUUAGUGAGAGCGUGACAACAGCCUACCCAUACUUGGAUCCAUUUAUUUCACACAAAGUUUCGCAACUGUUGGACACAACAGACGAUCCGAUUAUACUUGAAGAAGGAUUUUCAUCCAAGAUAGAUUUUGUUGAAUCAUUUCGUGAUCUAAACUUUUGGAAACCCCGAGUCGCACGAGCCCUUGAAAGGUGUGGUAUAGAUCAAAAUGUAGAAAUCGAUGUCAUCACACGUGGGCAGAAUCCGGUCUUUCAAAUUUCCACUUUCAUUAUCAAGUUUUAUUCACAUCUACAUAAUGGCAUCGAAACUUUUACAACAGAGAUCAAUGCAUAUUCGCAUAUUCGGGAACAUAUUUCUAAUGAGUUUACUGAGUGCUUCCCAAAACUUUUAGGAACUGGCUACUUGUUCGAUGAAUCAAACGAACGAAAAUAUCGUUGGCCAUUCUCGAUCAUCGAAGCUGUCGCCAAGGGUGGGUCAAGUCUUUCGGAAAUAACUAGUGGCGUUGAGUCGUAUACUACUUUUGAUGAUAAAUUGGAUUCAGAUGAUGAAAGUGGGAUUAUCAGUUGGAAUGAAGUGAUUGAUUUUACCGUUAAGAUAUUAUAUGGCAUUCUUCCAUCUGUACCCAGUGUAGUGCAUUUAAAUUCGCAUUCAUUCCUUAAAUUCUUAUCUCAACGGCUCGAAAAGGCACCAAGCACACACGCUGAGUGGCUAAUUUUUCCACCACGCUUAAAUUCUCAGAUAUCAUCUUAUCUGCCAAACUCGCUUCUUGAACUUUAUAACCCGGAUCUUGAUGGAACCGCCGGAUUUUUGCACGGAGACUUUAAUGCCGAAAACAUUCUCGGAUUGAUUAUGCCCGACGAUCCUAAUGACCUCGAUUUGGAUGAAUUCAAGUCUGGGCAUUGGAAAGCGACGUCAAUAAUCGAUUUCGGUGAUGCACACCUAUAUGGAGGCGACCCGUUAUUCGAAUUGGUGCUAGUUUUUAUAUCAGUCUUUGGUUGCUCAAAAACGCUGUUACGACGAUUCUUGGAAAAGUACAAUCACGAAGGAGACUUGAAGAUAUCAACGAGAAUGUUUGCGAGAAGGGCAAUGUGGUAUACAUUAUUAUUGGGGUUUGAGGGUGCCACAAAGCACAUGUUGAAAAGUCUACCGGGAAUUAGGGAACUUGGGAGUUGGUUUGAAGUGGAGAGUUAUGCUUGGAAUUUUGACAGUGUGACCUUGGGAAAUAAUCUUACCCUAUAG